AUGUUACCAAUUGAAGAAUGUGCUGGAAGGCCGCGGGCCCGCCCGGCCGGCCCUGCCCCUGCCGGGAGGAGGAAGGACGGGGCUGUGGCGGAGGCGGCGUGGAGGCGGCGGCGGCGCUGGGGGGAGCUGAGCUUCGCGGCGGCGGCCGGCGGGGGGCUGGUCGGCCUCGUGUGCUACCAGCUGUACGGGGACCCCCGGCCCGACUCCGCGCGGGCGCCGGACCCCGGGCGCCCAUCCGAGGGCGCCGACUUGGAGCCGGAGGACCCGCCCCGCGGCCGGGGGCUGCUGCCCAUCCCGGUCGCCGCUGCCAAGGAGACGGUAGCAAUUGGCAGAACAGACAUCGAAGACUUAGACCUCUAUGCUACAUCUCGGGAAAGGCGGUUUCGUUUGUUUGCCUCUAUAGAAUGUGAAGGGCAGUUAUUCAUGACUCCGUAUGAUUUUAUUUUGGCUGUUACAACAGAUGAGCCCAAACGUAAGUAUAUUUUUAAAAAUCCUUAAUAAUUUUAUAAGAUUUUUUUAUCUCUAACUCGACAGGAAUUAAAUCAAAUGCUCUCAGAAACACCACCAGUUUGGAAAGGAUCAUCAAAGCUAUUUCGAAACCUUAAAGAAAGAGGUGUGAUUUCUUACACAGAAUAUCUUUUUCUCUUGUGUAUUUUAACAAAGCCUCAUGCAGGUUUUAGAAUAGCUUUCAACAUGUUUGACACUGAUGGCAACGAGAUGGUGGACAGAAAGGAGUUUUUGGUGCUUCAAGAGAUAUUCAGGAAAAAAAAUGAAAAGAGAGAAACUAAAGGAGAUGAAGAAAAGCGUGCAAUGCUGCGUCUUCAACUAUAUGGAUACCAUUCACCUACUAAUAGUGUACUUAAACCAGAUGCUGAGGAACUUGUCUCCAGAAGCUACUGGGAUACAUUGAGACGUAAUACAAGCCAAGCACUGUUUUCAGACCUCGCAGAGCGUGCUGAUGACAUUAUGAGUUUGGUAACAGAUACCACACUUCUUGUACACUUUUUUGGAAAGAAAGGAAAAGCUGAGCUCAACUUUGAAGAUUUUUAUAGAUUCAUGGAUAACCUCCAAACAGAAGUUUUAGAAAUAGAAUUCCUUUCCUACUCUAAUGGAAUGAAUACCAUCAGUGAAGAAGAUUUUGCUCAUAUUCUUUUACGAUAUACAAAUGUGGAAAAUACAUCCGUAUUUUUGGAAAAUGUGCGUUACAGUAUAGCUGAAGAAAAGGGCAUCACAUUUGAUGAAUUCAGGUCAUUUUUCCAGUUUUUGAACAACCUAGAAGAUUUUGCAAUAGCCUUGAAUAUGUAUAACUUUGCAAGUCGUUCUAUAGGGCAAGAUGAAUUUAAGCGUGCCGUCUAUGUGGCUACUGGUCUCAAACUUUCACCACAUUUAGUGAACACAGUCUUCAAGAUUUUUGAUGUUGACAAAGAUGAUCAAUUAAGUUAUAAAGAAUUUAUUGGAAUUAUGAAAGACAGACUCCAUAGAGGAUUCCGGGGUUAUAAAACAGUUCAGAAGUAUCCCACUUUCAAAUCCUGUCUGAAGAAGGAACUGCAUAGCAGAUAAGUAUGUUAGCUUCUCUGUCUAAAUUGUUCAAUAACAAUAAAGGAAGGGUCAUGAUUUAUUUUUCUG